CCGCUCUGCUCUGCUCUGCUUGGCUUGCAGUCUCUACAGCACCUCUUGUUCUUGUAUAUGUGUGUGAGCCACCGCUUGAACACUUUACGCGACUGGAGACAUUUACGGAGAAAUUAGCCUGUCGGUUUCGUCGGGAGUGCGACAGAUAAGUUGUGGAUGAAUGAAGGAACAUGGUCGUAGACGGGGAGUAGAGGCUGCCUGGCUGUCUUUACUUCCAAGCAACGUUAAAGCUACUUUGAUGCGACCGCUUAGCUAACAAGCUAACUGGGAAUGUUUUCAGAAACUAGCCAGGUAGUUAGCUUGCUGGCUAGCUAAAUCGGCUGUAGAAAUUCGCUAUAUAAAUUUAGCAAACAGCCAUAAUGAUACUUUUAUCUUUAUCGUUUAGUGAAAUAAAUGCGGCAGCAAUAGAGGCAAUAUGCUGAAUGUUUAGGGCUCCGGUGCCCGCUUGGUAGCUAAUUUCCAGCAGGGACAAUAGUUGACUGUCCAGGCAACAAGUCUAGUACACACUGCUGCUAAACAGGCUCAAGUUUGUACUCAUUUUGUGCAGUGAUGUUAUUAGUUACUGUGUGGCUCUGGUUAGCUACAAAGUAAUGCUCUGUGUUAUAAUGAACGUUUAGGGCAAAGUAAAGGUAGCGUUAUACAAAGGAAAGUAGGGUGCCACUUUAGAUGCCCAGAUUGAGGCACUCUGUUGCAUAGGAGAACCUGUUGUCAGUUAAUCGAUACAACUAUUGACGGGGAGACGAGGUGGAUGAACAUUAUAAAUCGCCCACAUGCGUUGGAUCAGUUCCCGGACUUGUGAAAGGCAUCUGAAGCAGAAGGUGGGAGACGUGAGCGCACAACCCUUGCAGCCCGGGGGAAGAUGGCGGAGCGUUCCCGCAAGAGGUGGUGAAACCAAAACUUGGGGACUUCUUGGAUUUAUCGCCAGACAUCUUAUCUCAGAUCGUAGGACACAUGCAGGCCAAAAAACGGUACUUAAUUCUGUUCUCCGCCGGUGCGUGUGUCAUUCUGUUGUUUUGUUUUGGGGGGAUACAAGUCCCGCUAUCCAGACGUGGACCCAGUCGGCGUGAUGACCGCAGCCUCACCGGGUAUCACCCCGGGGCUCGGUGGCGUCGCUUCCCGGGGUACCUGCAGCCCUUCAGCUCCUGGGAGCAAGAUCGGCGCGAUGAUCACAAUGAACACAUAUCUCCUAGGCAGAAGAGGGACGCUAACUCAGGCGUUUACACUGGAAAACGCUGCAGAAUGGAGUCCUGUUUUGAUUUCUCCCUGUGUGAGAGGAAUGGAUUUAAAGUUUACGUCUACCCCCAGCAGAAAGGGGAAAAGAUGUCAGAGAGUUAUCAGAACAUAUUGUCCUCUAUUGAAGGGUCCAGGUUCUAUACACCUGACCCAGGACAGGCAUGUCUGUUUGUCCUGAGUCUGGACACACUGGACCGGGACCAGCUUUCACCGCAGUAUGUGCACAACCUGAAAGCAAAAAUCCAGAGCCUUCCUUUGUGGAAUGGGGGCAAAAACCACAUCAUCUUCAACUUAUACUCCGGCACCUGGCCAGACUACACGGAAGACCUUGGCUUCGACAUCGGUCUUGCUAUGUUGGCUAAGGCCAGCAUCAGCACAGAGAACUUUCGGCCUAACUUUGACGUUUCUAUUCCUCUUUUCUCUAAAGACCACCCUAGGACAGGAGGGGAAAGAGGCUACCUGAAACAUAACACCAUUCCCCCUUAUAGGAAGUACAUGCUUGUUUUUAAGGGGAAGAGGUACCUAACUGGAAUAGGUUCAGACACUAGGAACGCUUUAUAUCAUGUUCAUAACUCAGAGGAUGUCGUCCUCCUCACCACCUGUAAGCAUGGGAAAGACUGGCAGAAGCACAAGGAUGCACGCUGUGAUAAAGACAACGCAGAAUAUGACAAAUAUGACUACAGAGAGAUGCUGUACAACUCCACAUUUUGUCUGGUACCUCGAGGACGACGGCUGGGUUCCUUUCGCUUCUUAGAGGCUUUGCAGGCAGCUUGUGUGCCCGUGAUGCUAAGUAAUGGCUGGGAGCUUCCCUUCUCGGAGAUCAUCGACUGGAAUACGGCAGCUGUGAUUGGGGACGAAAGGCUGCUAUUACAGAUCCCCUCAACAGUACACUCCAUCCACCAGGAUAAGAUCCUCUCCCUGAGACAGCAGACCCAGUUCCUAUGGGAGGCUUACUUCAACUCUGUGGAGAAAAUAGUACUGACCACACUGGAGAUCAUCCAGGACCGAGUACUGCAGCACACCUCAAGGAGUAACCUCAUGUGGAACAGUCUGCCCGGAGGUCUUUUCACCCUGCCUCAGUACUCUACAUACCUGGGAGACUUCCCUUUCUAUUACGCUAAGCUGGGUAUCAAGCCAUACUCCAAGUUUACAGCAAUCAUUCAUGUGGUGACCCCACUGGUCUCCCAGUCUCAGCCAGUCAUGAAGCUGCUUGUGGCUGUGGCCAAAUCCCAGUAUUGUGCUCAGGUGAUAGUCCUGUGGAAUUGUGACAAGCCUCUUCCUGCCAAGCACCGCUGGCCUGCCACCUCAGUCCCUGUCAUUGUUAUAGAAGGGGAAAGCAAGGUGAUAAGCAGUCGUUUUCUGCCCUACGACACCAUCCCCACUGAUGCUGUCCUCAGUCUGGAUGAGGACACCGUGCUCUCCACCACAGAGGUGGACUUUGCUUUCACGGUCUGGCAGAGUUUUCCAGACCGCAUUGUUGGUUACCCAGCCCGCAGCCACUUCUGGGACAGCAACAAGGAGCGGUGGGGCUACACUUCCAAAUGGACCAACGACUACUCCAUGGUGCUGACUGGGGCUGCCAUCUAUCACAAAUACUACCACUACUUGUACACUACUUACCUUCCAGCCAGUCUGAAGACUAUGGUUGACCAGAUGUCGAACUGCGAGGACAUUCUGAUGAAUUUUCUGGUGUCGUCAGUCUCUAAACUACCACCCAUCAAGGUCACCCAGAAGAAACAAUACAAGGAGACCAUGAUGGGACAGAGCUCCCGGGCGUCUCGCUGGGCUGACCCGGACCACUUUGCCCAGCGUCAGACCUGCAUGAACAAGUUUGCCAGCUGGUUUGGCACCAUGCCCCUGGUCCAUUCUCAGAUGAGGCUGGACCCAGUCUUGUUCAAAGACCAGGUGUCCAUACUGCGGAAGAAGUACAGGGAUAUCGAGAGACUAUAACCCUUCAGAGCCCCCCCGCUCUCUGGACACAACAAAGAAAGAGUGAGGGGGCGGACAUGUAGAGAAACGCAGAGCCUUUCCAUGACUGCAUGGACGGAUCAAUGGAGAAACAAAUGGGAUUGGGGAGACGGGGGAGGAGGUAAAGAAACUAGAACAGAAGAGGAGAAUAGCACAUCCAUUGGUCUCCUUCAUUAUGUCCUUUGUACUUCCUCCAUUUCUCCUCUGUACCCUUUCUCUAAUGUGUAUUAGGGGAUAGCAGAGUGCACGGGCCCCACGAUUACACUAUUGACUACCAACAACUGAAGGACACCUGAGCACUUUAAAGUGCUCAACGCUGAACUAAAGUGGUCAAAUUCACAGAGUUGGAAAUCACAGCUUGCUGCUUCAGUGUCCCAACAGUGGCAAACCACUCCCAACUCCAUCCCACUGAGAGAGACUGUCUGUUCUGCUCUGUACACUAUGCACAGGUCCCUGAACGUUUUUGCUGACAGAAUAUUAUUGAUAAUUAUGACUAUGAAGAGGAUAACACUAUUUUGGAUUGUGUUUAGCUAUUGUUUUUAUACAGUGAAUGAAUGGCCUACUACUCUCUCUGUAAUGUCUUAAUUAAAACAAAUAGCAGGGUGGGUGAAAAGAGGAAUGACAACCCCUCAACCAUCGUUGAUCUGAUAUUCACAGUGCCUCAAGUUUAUCUAACGGCGUUGGGAUGUGGGAGUCUGAGAGAACGGCAUGGUGCAGAACAAGCACCUUAAUCUUGCUGCUUUCUGUUUUGUUGUUCUCAUGGUUUGUGAUUUUCUUAAUAAUUGAUGAAAUUAUGUAUCUUGUAGUAAAUUCUUCAGGUCAGCAUUCACAUUUUUUCUUUGCUGAAGUGUAAUGAACAUGUAUUUUUAUUCAAUUGAAAAAAACUAAAAACUAAAGUGUCAUCAUGUGUCAUUCUGGACUUCUUUUUCCUGGUAAAACUACAACAGA